CUAACUUAUUAAACGAUUUCCUGGUCUGACUGUUCUGAGUUUUAUAAUAUACUCAUCCACAGUGAUAAUUCUCAAUAAUUUACCGAACCCUUUGUUCUUUGCCCAAAUUUUGUCACAUUUUUUCUUCUCGCUCGCAUCGGUGCUGCCACCAUGUCGAAGCGUACCAAAUCUGAUACUCGCAAUGCGAGUGUUUCAGACUCUGGUACCCAACGAACAAGUGAAAGCUCUGAUUCAAUUCUUGAAGAUUUGCUUCACGAUCCAUCAAUUAUCACUGAUUACAAUAUCAACCAAUGUUGCGACAUUCUUGAUUUGUUUAAAACAAUAGAUAAACGGUCAACAAACAAGUUUCUCGGAAUUAUAGAUGUGGUAUCUUCUGCCAUCAGGGAAAUGGCUGCCAAAUUCAAUAAUAUGGAAACCAUGCACAAUAUGCUCAAAGAAAUAAAAGAUAAUAUGGACAAAAAUAAAAACCAACAUCCAUCUCCCUCUUUUGCUCAGAUCGUCAAAAGAGAACCUUUCCCCUCCCCUCAACCGAUUUCAAGACAAGAAGAGAAAACAAUCAUUAUCAAACCAAGUAACGAAGCUCCUCCACAAAUAGUUGAGAAUAAAAUCAAAAACAUUCUUAAACAAGCUCAAAAUAAAAUAAAGAUCAACAAAAUUUUUAGCAAUCAAAAAUGUGUAAUAAUUAAAACACCCAACGACGAACAGAUCUCUGAAAGCUUAAUCAAUCAAAUCAAUUCACACGAAACAACCAAAGACGAAUGUAAUGCUUACGCACCAAAAAUGAGAGAUCCUACAAUCUUGGUCAAAAACGUAUCAUGUGAAACCGAUCUGGAUAACUUACCAAAAGAAAUAGUUGAAUGCAACGAAGAAUUAGCCGAUUCCAUAAAAGAAAUCGAUUUCUGUUUUGAGAUGAAACAUGGAGAUAGAACAGCAAAGCAUAUGAAUGUAGUUUUACGGGUAAGCCCCAGGGUUUAUCAUAUCAUCACGAGUAAACUUAACAAUAGAAUCUACCUCAAUUAUCAAUGUUGCCAAAUUCAAACAAAAUUAUUCGUCCGUCAAUGUCAAAAGUGCUUCCAAUUCAACCAUAAAUCCAAUGACUGCAAAAAUCAAAUUAAAUGCAAAAGCUGUGGUGUAGACAAAAAUAACAAUCAUUCUUGCCAAGGAAACAUCACAUGCAUAAAUUGUAAAAAUUCCGUUAAACACAAAAACAAUACUGAUCACCUACCAAAUACAGUUCAAUGCCCACUUUACAAAUUACAAUUGGACAGAUUAUAUGAACAGACUAAAUUUCUUCCUUAACCUUUUUUCCCCCUUUUUAAUUUAAUCAGAAUCCCCCUCUUCUAUCCUUUACAUUCAAUUCUGACAUUAUUAUAUUUCAACAACAAAACAUUCGCAAAAGUCUAAUAGCAACCAAGGAACUUUUACAUCACAUCAUUCACACCAGACCAGGCA